AUAAAACAAGCAGGUUAUAUAAAAAAACGCUUUUUUUGUCGAUUAUUUAUCAAGAAAGCAAAAAGGGUUCUUAUCAAAUCCACCAUAAAAUUGGAAAGAAGCAUAAAGUAAGUAGACCUGACUCCUUUAAUGAUGCCUCUAUCCGCUAUUCUGAUAUAUAAAUUCGAUGUAGAUGAAAUUGUAUAAGCGAAUUUUUUUUAUUUCCUUAGACUUAGACCGCGCAAGACAAGAAUUUUUCGCUAUUUACGAUUUCAUAUUCUUGUUACUAGAUGUUCUAUAGGAAUAAGAAGAAAUCGCAACUCCUUUGCGCUACACAUAAAAUUGGAUUUCGAAGGUCCUUUUUUUUCAGAAUCCUCUAUUUUAGUUCUUCCACCCAUGCAAUAGAGAGGGAAUGGGAAAAGAAGGGUUACUUUUAUUUUCAUUUUUCCCUUAAAAGAUAGACUUUGAAAUAGGAGUCUUGGAAUAAUGCUGAAUUCAAAGGUUUAUUUCUUUCUAUAGUAUAAGAAAGAAAGAAAAAUUAUUUCUAUUUCUAUAGUAUAAGAAAAACAAAUAGUAUAAGAAAAACAAAUCGAAUCAAAUUCAUGGAUUUACCACGACCUCGGUUGUGACUCCAUAGAUAAAAAUGGGAAAUUUCUCUCUUCGAGACCAUUGAAAAAGGGCAUUGAACGAGAAAGAAAUCGUCCACAGAUGAUAAAACUAUCAUAUGCCUUGGAAAGUGAUAUGAGGUGCUCGGAAAUGGUUGAAGUAAUUGAAUAGGAGGAUCACUAUGACUAUGGCCCUUGGUAGAAUUCCUAAAGAAGAAAAUGAUCUAUUUGAUACUAUGGAUGACUGGUUACGAAGGGACCGUUUCGUUUUUGUAGGAUGGUCUGGCCUAUUGCUCUUUCCUUGUGCUUAUUUCGCUUUAGGGGGUUGGUUUACAGGGACAACUUUUGUAACUUCUUGGUAUACCCAUGGAUUGGCUAGUUCCUAUUUGGAAGGUUGUAAUUUCUUAACUGCAGCAGUUUCUACCCCUGCCAAUAGUUUAGCACACUCUUUUUUGCUACUAUGGGGGCCCGAAGCACAAGGAGAUUUUACUCGUUGGUGUCAAUUAGGCGGUCUAUGGACUUUUGUAGCUCUCCACGGGGCUUUUGCACUAAUAGGUUUCAUGUUACGCCAAUUUGAACUUGCUCGGUUUGUUCAAUUGCGGCCUUAUAAUGCAAUCUCAUUCUCUGGUCCAAUUGCUGUUUUUGUUUCUGUAUUCCUUAUUUAUCCACUGGGGCAAUCUGGUUGGUUCUUUGCGCCGAGUUUUGGCGUAGCAGCGAUAUUUCGAUUCAUCCUUUUCUUUCAAGGAUUUCAUAAUUGGACGUUGAACCCAUUUCAUAUGAUGGGAGUUGCCGGAGUAUUAGGUGCGGCUCUGCUAUGCGCUAUUCAUGGAGCGACCGUAGAAAACACUCUAUUUGAGGACGGUGAUGGUGCAAAUACCUUCCGUGCUUUUAACCCAACUCAAGCUGAAGAAACUUAUUCAAUGGUCACUGCUAACCGCUUUUGGUCCCAAAUCUUUGGUGUUGCUUUUUCCAAUAAACGUUGGUUACAUUUCUUUAUGCUAUUUGUACCCGUCACCGGUUUAUGGAUGAGUGCUAUUGGCGUAGUUGGCUUGGCUCUGAACUUACGUGCCUAUUACUUUGUUUCCCAGGAAAUCCGUGCAGCGGAAGAUCCUGAAUUUGAGACUUUCUACACCAAAAAUAUUCUUUUAAACGAGGGUAUUCGUGCGUGGAUGGCAGCUCAGGAUCAGCCUCAUGAAAAUCUUAUAUUCCCUGAGGAGGUUCUACCACGUGGAAACGCUCUUUAAUGGAACUUUCGUUUUAGCUGGUCGUGACCAAGAAACCACCGGCUUUGCUUGGUGGGCUGGGAAUGCCAGACUUAUCAAUUUGUCCGGUAAACUA